AUGAGCGACGAAUUGACGUCUGAAAUCGUGCAACUCAUCGCAGCUGCACGAACCGCUGUUGGAGGACUAUCGGAGGACAGUAACGUCAAGCCACGCCCAAUCGAGAAAGUUCAACCGAAUGUCGUGCACAUUGAGACAAUCAUUGUGCAUUCAUCAUGUGGCGAGAACUGUUCACGUGCAAUUCCGAUUGAAUUGUGGACGAUUCGACGUGAAUGGAAUUCACAACAGACGGGUCUCGCUCCGUUGUUUCUAAAGAACGCGAUCAGAUCUCAUCUUCAUUUCUCGCAGCUGAAUGCAUGGAUUUCCACGUUAAACGGUCGUAUGCCUGAUGGUGUCAGCUGCACGUACAGAAUUCUUCUAAGUGCCAAUGAAUCGAAGAGUACCGAUGAAGUAACGGAACAUACAUUCCCGGUGUGUCGUAUUGAUCGACAAAGUAUUCUAGUCGUUUCGGUGAAAUAUGUGAAAUCUGAACGUAUGCCGGUGCCUGUCGGACUUUGCCUUACAAUUGGUGCUUUACCGACUGAUCAAUGGUUUAGCGCCGAGUGA